UUCCAAUCUCUCAAUCUCUCUCUCUCCUCUUAGUUGCACAAUCUCUCUUUAUUUUCUCACUCUAAAACUCUCUCUCUACAUAUGCACAAACGUUAUAUGUGCUUCAAAACCCUAGAAACCUCCGAUCGAAGAGAACCGCUGAGGUUAAGUGAUCAACAAUGUCAAUACAGGAUUAGAAAAUGUUCCGAUCUGAGCUGAAUAAACCAAUUCGAAAUCGAUUUUGAGGCUCCGAUCAAUCGGAAAAGAAAAAGGAAAAGGUUUAGAAAUUUGGUUUUGGAGAGAUGUAUAAGAACCAGCUCCAAGAGCUGGCUCAACGGAGCUGCUUUAACUUGCCGUCGUACACGUGCAUAAGAGAAGGUCCCGAUCACGCGCCGAGGUUCAAGGCAACCGUGAACUUCAAUGGUGAGACUUUUGAGUGUCCGAACUAUUGCACGACUCUGAGGCAGGCGGAGCACUCGGCGGCUGAGGUCGCGCUUAAUGCGCUCGCAAGUCGUGGGCCGUCGAAUUCGAUGGCCGCCAGGAUUCUGGUCAGCAAUGGGAAAUGA